AGACAGACAACAUGAGGGAGAUCGUGCACAUCCAGGCCGGACAGUGCGGCAACCAGAUUGGUGCCAAGUUUUGGGAGGUGAUCAGUGACGAGCACGGGAUCGACCCCACCGGCAGUUAUCAAGGAGACAGUGAACUGCAGCUGGAGAGGAUCAAUGUGUAUUACAAUGAAGCAUCUGGAAAUAAAUUCGUCCCUCGUGCCAUCCUGGUGGACCUGGAGCCUGGCACCAUGGACUCGGUUCGCUCCGGCCCGUUCGGACAAAUCUUCAGACCUGAUAAUUUUGUGUUUGGUCAGAGCGGAGCUGGAAACAACUGGGCUAAAGGCCACUACACGGAGGGCGCAGAGCUAGUGGACUCAGUCCUGGAUGUAGUAAGGAAAGAGUCCGAAAACUGCGACUGUCUGCAGGGCUUCCAGCUCACACACUCUCUCGGCGGAGGCACUGGAUCCGGUAUGGGAACACUGCUAAUCAGCAAAAUCCGUGAAGAGUAUCCCGACCGCAUCAUGAACACCUUCAGCGUCAUGCCUUCCCCAAAAGUGUCCGACACUGUAGUAGAGCCCUACAACGCUACGCUCUCAGUGCACCAGCUAGUGGAAAACACCGACGAGACCUUCAGCAUUGAUAACGAAGCGCUCUACGAUAUUUGCUUUCGCACACUUAAACUCACCACGCCAACUUACGGUGAUCUGAACCAUCUGGUUUCCGCGACUAUGAGUGGAGUGACCACAUGUCUGCGCUUCCCAGGUCAACUAAACGCAGAUCUCCGCAAGCUAGCAGUCAACAUGGUGCCCUUCCCUCGCCUUCACUUCUUCAUGCCGGGAUUUGCACCGCUAACAAGUCGCGGCAGCCAGCAAUACCGUGCGCUAUCUGUUCCAGAGCUAACACAACAGAUGUUCGAUGCUAAAAACAUGAUGGCCGCCUGUGAUCCGCGCCAUGGGCGCUACCUGACAGUGGCCGCCAUCUUCCGUGGCCGCAUGUCUAUGAAAGAAGUGGACGAGCAGAUGCUCAGCGUCCAGAACAAGAACAGCAGCUAUUUUGUAGAGUGGAUCCCGAAUAACGUCAAGACCGCAGUCUGCGACAUCCCUCCGCGUGGCUUGAAAAUGUCCGCAACAUUCAUCGGCAACAGCACAGCCAUCCAGGAGCUCUUCCGCAGGAUUUCCGAGCAGUUCACCGCUAUGUUCAGACGCAAGGCUUUCCUGCACUGGUACACUGGCGAGGGGAUGGACGAGAUGGAGUUCACCGAGGCGGAAAGCAAUAUGAAUGAUCUGGUCUCCGAGUAUCAGCAGUACCAAGACGCAACCGCUGAUGAAAUGGGCGAAUACGAGGAAGACGAUCUUGAAGAUGAGGAAGACGUCCGCCAUUAGGAGAGCUCAGUGAUCUGCUGAUAAGCCAUGUAGUUUUCAUUGCUUCUAGAAUGAUCUGAGUUGCCAUAGCAAUGCAAACAGUGCUGCUUCAUCAUAGUUCAAAAGGUGCUACUGUGUUAAUCGAUUUUAAGGAAAGAUGCAAUCUUGUGGAACAAACAAGGUACAGUUAUGAUAUGUUUUGUAACAUAUGCUUCACACUGCAGAUGCCAUGUAAAAUAAAAAAGAUCUCACUAAUA